ACAAUAAGUAUAUAACAAGCUUCUUUACACGUUACUCUUUGUUUUAUUGUCUUUUCUUUUAUUAUUAUUUUCUUUUGUACCAUUCCUAAAUUCAAUUUCUUCAAACUUACCAACAACCCAUUGAAAAAGUGAUAGACAGAUACAAUGUAUAAAGCACCUUUAAGUAAAAUCCAAUUUAUCUCACGUCAACGCGCAACAGUUAGCCGACGUUUGAUGUCAACUCAAGAACAAUCUCGACCCACUACCGAUGGUGGAGGAAGCAAUGCAACUGCGUUAGUCGCAGCUGUGCUCGUAGCUGGUGGUGGUUACUACUUUUACAAAAAAUCCAAAGAUAAAGAACGUCUUGGUCAUAAAGCGGCUGAAAAGGUUAGAAGUGCUACCGAUUCUGUUGCCGGUGAAUUCCAAAACGCCACCAACCAAGGCUCUAAUAACGAACGUAACCCCAUGGUACGUGAAAAGAUAUCUUCGGAAAGCACUAAAUCCCCCAAGGAAAAGAAGGAAGAAGCACACGCCAAUGAAAAUGUCAAGGAUACUAGCACUUUAGUUGGUCGUGAUUCUGAUAAAACCAAGAAGGUAUGGGAAGACAAGGAAAAUGAAGAUGAGGCUAAGCGUGUCCCAUCUAAAGUAGCUGCCGCUUCACCUUACGAAGAUGAAAAGAAGGGUGGAUUCUGGAACUAUCUUUUUGGCGGCAGUGCUACUAAAGAGACUGACAUACCAAGGCCACCUGUCGAACAAGAAUCCAAGCACAAAUUCGAUACCGCAUCCACUGCUCACGGUAACCCCAUGGUUUAUGAAAAGGCCUCUACUGAACGAACAAAACCAUCUUGGGAAUCGCGUAUGGAAGAACACGCUUAUAACAAUGUGCGUGAUACAAGUACUCUUGUGGGUAAGGACACUGAAAAGGUGCGUGGUGUUUGGGAAGACAAGGCUAUCAGGGACACUGGAGGGAUUCCUGUUGCUCAGGAAAACCCGAGUUCUUUCUGGUCCAAACUGUUUGGUUCCUCUUCAUCCACUGUUGAAGACGAUGCUAGAAAAGCUAAAAAUGAAGUCAAGGACAACGCUAACGAAGCUUAUAACGCCGCAAAGAACAAGGCUGAAUAUGAAACCGACCGCCUCAAGAAAAACGUCAGCGGUACCGUCGACGACCUGAAUGAAAAAGCUUAUCGCGAAGCUGACCGUCUUCAAUCAGGCUGGAACAAACUCAAAUCAGAUGUGAAAGAAGAAGCUCAAUCCGCAUAUGAUUCUGCCGCUGAAACUGCUUCCAAUUUGUCUAACCGACUUAAGCAUGAAACUGAUCGUGCUGCUUCUGAUCUUGAACAAACACAACGUGAUGUCAAGGCGAAGGGUGCUGAAUGGAAGCAACAAGCUGCCGAUCGUUUCCAAACCGAAAAGGAUCGUGCCAGUGGUACUUUGAACGAUUUGCAUAAAGAAGUUUCUGCUAAUGCUGAUAAAUGGAAGUCUCAAUCUGAGCAAGCUGCUAAGAGCUGGUACGAAAAGGGCGCUGAACAGGUCAAGAGUGGCUUCUCUAAUCUUAAAGAAACUGCUGAUAAAGAUCUCCAAUGGGCCGAAGACAAGGCACGCAAUGGCCUCUACACAGCCAAGGAAGAAGUGGACCGUUUAUUGGGUUAUGAAAAGCCAAAGGAUAGCUCUUUCUUAGGUAGCGUAGCUCGUGGUCAAAAUUAUGCUGAAGAAGAAGAAGGCGUCUUAAGACAUACUCGUCAUAACCUUGGCCGUGUCCCUGCUUCAGUUAUCGUUGCUAAUGCACAUGGAAAGAAUUGCUCAACAGCUAGUGUACGAGAGCAAUAUUUACAUGGUUAUAAAGACAAUGAAAGAUACCACGGCGCAUAUCCCGAUCGAACUCAUUACUGUGGUCACCUUCGAGCAUCGCAUGAAGGUGACAAGGUUGUAUUGUGUGGUUGGGCACAGCCAACAAGACAUUUAUCUCAAGAUUUGAUAUUCUUGCCGAUAAAGGAUCAUACAGGGGUGACCCAACUUGUAUAUAGAGAUAGUAAUCAACAGCUUAAAUCACAGAUACAAUCUUUAUCGCCGGAAAGUGUUAUCUGUGUAGAAGGUGUUGUGAGGAAAAGACCGGAAGGAAUGGCUAAUAGUAAACAAGCAACGGGUGAUAUUGAGGUGGAUAUAACAAAGCUGUAUUGCUUGAAUCCAGCUUCACCAUCGUUGCCUUUCUGGCCCCAUCAUCCAGAGCUUCCAAAUGAAGAAGUCAGACUACGCUAUAGAUAUUUGGAUUUACGUAGAGAUGAGCUUCAACAUCAUAUUCGUCUUCGAUCUUUGAUUGCAAACACUGUGAGAAACUAUUUGACAGGAAACGGGUUUACAGAGAUUGAGACACCUACUUUAUUCAAAUCAACACCUGAAGGGGCUCGUGAAUAUAUUGUACCUACUAGGAAGAGAGGCGCUUUUUAUGCUUUACCACAAAGUCCGCAACAGCAUAAACAAAUGUUGAUGGCGGCUGGAUUCGAUAGAUAUUUUCAAAUAGCUCGUUGCUUCAGAGAUGAGGAUUUGAGAGCUGAUAGACAACCCGAGUUCACUCAAAUUGAUUUAGAAAUGUCCUUUGCCAAAGUAAAAGAUGUACAAGGUAUUAUUGAAGGCAUGGUGUCCGAUAUAUGGGAUAGAGCUUUGGGCAUCAAACUAGCAAAAGACAAUUUCCCUCAUAUGACUUAUACUGAAGCCAUGUCCAAGUAUGGAUCAGAUAAACCAGACCUUCGUUUUGAUAUGAAGAUUAAUCAAAUCGAAACUUAUGCAGCAGAUAUAGCUCAAGAAAAUGCAUUUGACUGUAUGGUUGUCAAACAAGGAUCAAAAGCGAUCAGCGGAGGGGAGCUCAAAACAUUGCUAAAGGAGCUUGCUCUAACUAACAGCAAGGAUAUCGCUUUUGUGAAAGUGAACGAAAACAAUAUCUCUUCAUGGCCCGCCAAAUGUGUUACUUUAAGGCAUUCUCAAGUACUACGCAAUCAGGUAAAUCAACUGAAUGCAUCGCUCAAUAUUCAACUAGGUGACUUGGUGGCAGUUCACAAACGUCCAACUUAUUUGUACGGUGGAAAUACUACCAUGGGACGUGUACGUCUUUACUUGGCCAACCUUAUGCAGCAAAAGAAGCUAUUAGAAUGCGCGACAGAAAAGUACAAAUUUUUGUGGGUCGAAUCUUUUCCUCUGUUUACACCCGCUGAAGAAAAUGCUGAUCAGCAGCCACAAAAAGAAGGACAGCGGAAAUGGGAAUCAACACAUCAUCCUUUUACAGCGCCCUACGAUGAAGAUAUUCCUCUUUUAGCCACUUCGCCGGAAAAUGUCAGAGGACAGCAUUACGAUUUAGUGUUGAACGGUAUGGAAAUUGGCGGAGGCUCAAUUCGUAUUCACUCGCCCGUGAUGCAGACGUUUAUUCUCGAACAAGUAUUACGGCUGCAGAGACACGAAUACCAACGAUUUGAUCAUUUAAUUGACGCAUUGGGUGGCGGCUGCCCUCCUCAUGGAGGUAUUGCUUUAGGUUUUGAUCGACUCAUGGCUAUUUUGUGUGGUACACCUUCCAUUCGUGAUGUGAUAGCGUUCCCUAAAGCCGCUGGCGGUAAGGAUUUCGUGGUGAAUAGUCCUUCAGAAGUAACAACGGCGCAAUUGAAUGAAUAUGGAUUGCAAUUGACAGCCGUUAAAACGAACGAAUAACAUUAUUCCAGUAAAGUGUUUUGUAUCAUUUAUCAAAUAGACAAAAAAAGUUUUUCAGACUUCAGUUUUAUUUUUUUUUCGGUUGGUUGUAUCAUAGCUCCCUAUUCAACUUUUGAGAAUUGAAAACUCUUAUAAGACAUGCUGAAAUAUAUUGACAGGAAUGAGUUGCUGUAGUCGAUAAAAGUUAUCUACAGUCAACAGAUUAAAUCUAAAUUCCAGUGUGUUUGAGCAAAAGCGUUACGCAGUGUAGAUUGUUGUGCCUUUUUCGCGCCUAUCGGCAAUUAUCUGAAUUUUGCUGCUGCCGCUAGGUUCCUCA